AGCAUGGAAACUUUAGCAAUGGAAAAGUUAAAAGACCUAAAUGAAAAUCAAGAUGCCGGAAAUCCCUCUGAUCCUAUAGUGAGUGAAUCCGUCACUAGUGAGGUAGUGACUGAGACAGAUAUGGGCAUUAAGGAAAUACCUAAGAAAAAAGGCAAGAAACGUAAAUAUGUAGAAACAUUUCCAGAAGAAAUGGCAUCAGAAGGCCACACUGUAUCUGAUGUCACUUCCACGCUCGACAAUUCAUUGAUGGAAACAACAAAGAAAAAACGGAAAAAGAAAAACCACCAAGAUACCUCCAUACUAGCUAAUGUAGUAGAAAAUGAUAGUAUGACACUUCUAACUGAUGUUAGUUGUUUUGAACAUGAGAGUGAGAUCUCCAACCCCUUACUGUUGGCAAAACAGGCAAAAAAAACUAAGAAAAAAAGACACCGAGACAAUUCACAAGCUGAUGUAGAAUAUGGUGUUCAAAAUGGCUUGACUGAAGAUUCAGUUGUUACAGAAUGCAAUGCAUUUGAAGAUUUAACAUCUGUAACUGAACCUCUGCAUGAAAAUAUCGAGAAAAAACACAAAAAGAACCAUAAAACGAAAGAUUUGGAUAAAGAAUUUUCUAAUGGCGCAGGAAGUGCCACAAAUAUUCAUGAACCGGUCGAUCAAAGCUUGGAGUUUUCUCAAGAAAUACCAAAGAAAAUCAAACAUAAAAAGAAGCAUAAAGAGCAUUUAUUACAGAAGGAUGUAAUGAACCGGGAAGCUGAAAGCACAUUUUUGGAUGUUUCCUUAAGUGAAUCUGAGCCUAAACCUAAAAAGAAACGGAAAGCAUAAGACACAAAGACAUUUAUGAACUUUAUGAAAAUUCUAUUUUCUUAUUGAUUAUAUAUUUUAACAUGUUUUGAAAUGACAGAAAGCAAUAUACUCCCUCCCCAAUUACUUGUCAAAGGACAUAUACUGCAAUAUUCUGCCCUUUGUCCCUUAUUUUAAUUAUCAUUAAACCAUUCCUUAAUGGUAACUCCUAAGUAUCACCAAAGAGGGCAAGUAUUAAUGAACUUCUCAUAUAUACUACACACCCACACAUACACAAUUUGGGAAAUGGUUAAAAUUUGACUUUCCAAAACCUGUAUCUAAUAGAUGUAUUUAAUUAAAGUAGAAAUACUACUGCUUGAUGUAUGGAUUUUGGGGUAACAAGACUGUCCCUGCAGUGUUGCCUAAGUAAAUUGCCUUUUUUUUGAGAAAAGGCAGUGUUUACAUUGCUACCACACGCCACCUCGAGUGCCUGUCACUCAGAGAGCCACUCAAGGGGCUUCCUGGUUUUGGUCUUGCAAAGAAUGCAGAUCUAACAUUGGAAGUCCCCAUGCUCUCCAUAGAGAUGCAUUAAGUCAAUGCAUCUGUAUGAGGAGAUUCAUAAACAAUGUUCUUUUAAUCCAUGCCAAUUUAUCAGACUUUAGACUGAUAUAUUGCCUGUGCCCUGUGGAGAGCUUGAGCAUAUGCACUGGAAGAACUUUGCCCUGCAUGUUUUAAUUAGUAAUGAAUUAAGCAAAUGACUACAAAACAUUGACGUCGUCAUUGACUCACUUUUAUUGUGCUGGUGAAUGGCUGAACCUCACAGGAAGUGGAGUUCACAGUUUUCCAAAUAUUAGUGCAACGAUGUGUUGGCAGCAACUUUAAGAAAAAGGUGUGAAAGGACAGUCCCCCAAAGCUGUCUUUAUGUUUACUAUUUUAUUUUUUCCCUAUUGAUUUGCAGUACAAUGUUUAUUUCUGGCAAUCCUAUCAAUUAAGCAGCCAUCCUCUAUUUAUACAUGAAUAUCAAUAAGGUAUUUGAUAUACUGUUUUCUGUCAGAUAUUUGUCCCCCUUUGCACAUUCAAGACAUUUUAUUAUAUGCUUUUGAAAACAAUAAAACGCAAGAUAACUUUUUUUUUUUUUGAAGGAAAAAAAAAAAAAUCAACAAAAUAUUACUCAUCCUUCCAGAUAUACACCAGAACAUAAAAUGACCAUUGUGAUGAUAUGGCCCUGGAAUAUUUGGCACUGAAGGUGUGCCAGUUCAGGGACUCUAUUGUCAAUGGGUUUCUUUUACCUACUCAGCAUCACUAAAUGCUAGUAAUCUGCUUUGGUAGCGUAUCCACAGUCAAUGUAGGAUCCACUCCACUGGUGUCUGGGUAUUAUAGGAUAUUCUAUCCAUCUAGACCUCUGGCAAUACUCUUGUUAGUAACUACUCGAUAGAGGACGAUGAGUAGCAAUGUACCUAUGAGACCUUUAAGGAAGAGACAAACCAGCUUCUUGGGAACUCAAAGAAACAUCCAGCUUACAUAGAUCACAGCAUUCAGUAAAAAUCAUUGCGGAAACAAUGUUGGGAAUACAGAACUGGACUGGGCAAAUCGAACAUAAAGGAAAGCACUGGUUCCAAAGUCAUUCAGUACAUUAGUUCUUCCCCUCUGUGUAAUUGCUGAAGUACAGGAGAAUUACAGGGGUAUAAGUAAUGUAUAAUUUCCAUUCACAGUUAUUGGUGAGUGAGGUAAGACCUAGCUAGUAUAGUAACACUUGAAAUUUUCAGCCCUGUCAUUUUUCCAAACAAUUCAGAGUAGUUGGUGCAGAAGGAAACCACCAAAUAAAAUAACAUCCUGGAAUACGCACACUUACAGUACUUAUUGUGAUACAGCACAAACUGUCUUGUAUUAAAAAAGUCCUGCAUAAAACAUUGUCAUUGGAUUAAACUUCAUAUCUCUCACAUAACAAGUAAUGAUGAUUUUGCAGACUUUAAGUUUGAAAAGAGUGUCAUGUACAGUCCCUGGCCGUUAGCCAGAUAGACUAUGAUUUAAGGGCAGAUGAAUGUCUUUACGAGGCUUUUAGUGACCAAGAAGCUAACAGGGCUAUUUGCUAAAGAUCACAUUGCUGGGAAGAGAAUUUCAAUUUAAAGGACUCUGGGCACCAGUACAACGUUAAUACAUUUAAUACGUUUUGG